AUGCCCCUUUAUGAUGUUGAAUAUGUAACCCCGCUUACACCGGAGCAGCAAGAACAGCUGGCUAUUGCUUUCACUGAUUUGCAUUCAAAGCGUUUCAACACUCCACGUUUCUUUGUUAACGUCCGGUAUACCGAUGUGAACAAUCAAGUAGUAUUUCGAGGAGGUUUACGGCGAAAGUACAAUCGUGUGGUCAUCCGAACACGAGCAGGGAGCAAUCGUACUAACGAAGCAUACCUGGACCACUGCAAGCAAAUUACAACCGAAUGGGAGAGAAUUAUAGGAUCAGAGGGUGAAAGAGGACUGCGAACGGUUUGGAUAAUGGGCGCUUUGACAACGGCUUUGGAAGCUGGAAUUGGCCGGCCAAAAACUGGAGAAGAAAACCAGUGGUUGAAGGACAAUAUGGCACACUUUGAAACUUUGGCUGCAGCUGGUGAUGAAGAUUUUAAUGAGCUCCUAAAGGAGUUUAAGGGAAAGAAGUCAAAUGCAAUCUGA